AUGGCGCCCAUGAGGCGGGGAUCCAGAAUAAGGCAAUAUGUGGAUGAUGCGCGCCUGCGCCUAGUGGAGUUGGUGCGGAAGGAAGAGUGUCUCUGGGAUCAAAGGAAUGAAGCAUAUAAAGUGCAAGGCCGAAGAGAUGACGCAUGGAGAAGAAUUGUAAAUAUAAUGCGAGGAGAAGGACAUAAUGUGACCAUGAUUGAAUUGAAAGCGACAUGGAGGAGUUUGCGUGACCACUGGAAGAGGGUGCGAACGAGUAAGGCUGGAUCGACAGUAUGCUUCAUUUUUUGUGCUUCCUAGCUAUGUACAAGGAUGGUACCAUUAUUUUGUAUAGGCCCUUCUGUCAGAAACUUCUAUUGGAACGCCGCCUGUAUGGCUGGGAUCUGUAAAGCAAUAUAUGUAUAAUUUGCGCUGGCGUCUAAUAGAGUUGGUGCAGAAGGAGGAAGGUCUCUGGGAUCGAAGGAAUGAAGAAUAUAAAAUGCAAGGCCCAAGAGAUAACGCAUGGAGAAGAAUUUUAAGUAUAAUGAAAGAAGAAGGGCACAAUGUGACCUUGUAUGAACUGAAAGCGACAUGGAGGGGAUUACGUGAUCAUUGGAAGAGGCUGAGAGCGUGUAACGAUGUAUCGAAUAUGACAUGGCCUUUUUUUGGAGCACUCGAAUUUCUGGAACUAAAUGAGCUCACUGACAAUGAGUAUGCUUUAUUGGAGACUGCUAGCCGUAACUACCCGAUGCAUAACACGACUUCCAUACCACAGGAGCGUGAGCAAAGAAGUUACGAAUCAACAGGGUUUAUACGAGAGGAAGUGGGCGACAUUGAUGUGGUCGGUACGAGUAUGCAGGAGAACGUAAAUACAAAAGACAAGUACGAAUGUUUUGGAAAAUUGGUCGCUUCUCUGCUACGUGACUACGAUCAAAAGGUGAAUGAGGAGUUCGCCAUGAAUAAAAUGGAAGAAAUAUUCUCUGUAAUAACGACACGGGAUUGGGCGUACGGCCCACAAGACCACUAUCGUUCUAGAGAUGCUCCUCAACAAUGCAGAUGUCAUGUUGUAAAUGGUGGAACAAACAGUAAUUGCCCGCAUGAGACGGACGACAGAUCAGAUGGGGCGCAAUCUCUCUAG